AGCUGUCGCGAACUCGAGCCCGGGCGCCGAUUGGUUGCGGCGGGUUGAAUGUAAGAUGGCGCCCAGGGACCUGUGAGGGGAAAAAAGACGCGGGGCCUGAGGUGGCGACGGCGCGAGGCGGCAGAGGGGCCGGGGUGAGGCGGCGCUGGGCGGGGACGCUGACAGCCGAGCGGCGGACGUGGGGCGGACGGGAGGGCUGGAGUGGGGCGGGGGUUGGUGAAGAAGAAGAGGAGCUGCCUCAGACCGGGCGGGGUGGAGGAGGAGGAGAAGAAAAAGAAUAGCGGCGGCGGGGGGGAGGGGGAGGGGUAGCGGGGCCGAAGCGCGCUCCCGCGAGCCCGGCUGUUGUGUGUGUGGCGCUGGGGAGCGCGUGCGCGCGCGUUCCGCGGUGGUGGGGGGCGGGCGGGGUGGGGGGGGGCAAAGAGAGAGGACCUCUUUGCGUGCGUGUUGGAAUUGGAGAUUCGUAGGGCGGGAUCGGGCCGCGGCGCGCAGACUUCGAGGCCUUGCGUCGUUCAUUCCACGGUGCCCGCGGCCCCGCCUUGCGCUCCCGACUCUUCCCCUCACCAGCCCCCAGCUCCCCCUCCCCGGUUCCAGAGGCGGCAGUAGGCGCGCGCGUUCCCGGCGUUUCGCGCGCUGGGAAGUCCACCACCAGGGCCCUGUGGGGCCGGGCGCGCGCCUUGGGUUUGCUGCUGCUGCGGGCGCGCUCGCGCCGCUUCUCCUUCAAAGGUGCCGACUCGGGUGCAGCAGCAGUCGCAGGCGAAGUUCCAGGAUGAGGCCGGCGGGCCCUAGUGCUGCAGAGACCCUGGGGAGGCGGGGUGAGCUGCCACGGCUGUGGCCAAUUUUCCUCACUCUUCCCAAACCUCUUCGGCCGCCGCCGUUGCUUCUUCUCCUCCUUUUCACCUAGCCAUUCGCGCGCCAGUUUCGUGCGACCAAGGAUGCUCAUCCCCACCCUUGGCCAGAAGGCUAGAAUAAAUGGAGGCGAGGCGGAUCAAGGCGGGGCCUUUUCGGUGUGCUGGCCUUGUCUAGGAGCCUGCAAUAUUUACAAAUACUGUACCUAAAAGCGCUUCGUGCUGUGCAUUACAGUGGACCGUUGAGUGUAGCCUUGUACAAUACCUCUGACAGGACAGUUAGGCUUACUUGAGUGAUUCUCUCUCUCUCCCCCCCCACCCCAUACACAAGCUGAGUAACUUUCCCUAUUCAGCUGAUUUCAGCUGUAUGAUUAUCGGUCUCCGGAUUUCGUUUUCCUUAAAACCGAUAGAUACCUUUUAACACUGCUGUUUCCCUGCAACCAGUGACUGGGGGAUUAUUUGCCCUAUUUAUCAUUACUAAUGAUAAAGAGAUGAGUGGAGGAAUCUACCGUGGGCCCUUUCCUGGCUUUCAAUUCCUGUGGGUCUGUCAUGGGAACUAUUCCUUUAGCAUCCCAAAGAGAGUUUUGUAGUACUUGAAAACCUAGGUUUUUGUGGAUAAGCCCACCUUUUGUUCCUGUGCAUUUUCUUAGGGCUCUUCUAGGCUUUCGGACCCUUGGCUGGAGCAUUUGUAAAUGUAAAGCACAAUAUACUACCAUUACUAUGGAAAUGCACUAAUCAACUUUUAUGCUAGCAUGUGCCUAAUGUCACAAACAUGUCUUGAUCAGUAGGGUGGGCAAAAGAUUUGCCCAGAUGGAACUGAGAACCUUGCUGCUUACUUGAAUAAUAGCGCUAGUAAUAAACAACUUUAGUGGGUGGGUGCAUAUAAACAAGAGGUUACAGGUUCAGCCCCCACAAUCUCCAGAUAGGUCUGGAAGUUACAUUAUUCUGAAACACUGCGGUCCUGCAGAUGUUGCUUGACUACAACUUGCUUCAUCCCAAACCAUUGGCUGUGUUGCUUGGGGAUGAUGGAAAUUUCAUCAGUAUCUGCAGGGCCAGAAGUUUCCCAUACCUGGUGUAGACAAUACAGAUGUUCAAUGCUUCCUGUAUCUACUGCAGCCAUGCCUGUGUUCUUUCAGUUGCUACCUCAUUCAAGGUUUCUGAAACCUUAUCCAUCUGCAAGCUUUUAUGCUAACAUAUUUUUACCGAGUUAGUUUAUAUUCUGCUAUUCCUCCAUCUGGAACUCAAGGCACCUCAUAGAAGUAAAGGGAGCAUGUCAUACACACACAUCACAUAAUUCAGCAUUGAAUACUGAGUAGUUCUUGUUCAGAAAGUUUGCGUUUUAAUUUUAUUUUCUUAAAAGGCACUGGAAUUAGAAAAGCUCUAGAAUUGCCUUUUUAAAACAAUGAAGUAGCUAGAAAUGUGAAAAAAAAAUGGGGAAAGGUGGGAGAUUGGACUUGGGGGGGGGGCUUCACAACUUUGUCAUAUAACAUUGUCUUCUCCCUUUAUAUUUCUUAAAUAAAUACAAUUAAAGUGGGGAUGGAAAGGGUUUCUUUGUUCUGUCUUCUCCAGAAUGUCACGAGUCUAAAAGAGUUCAGGACACGAAUAUCAGAAAUACAUACAGCAUGGUGCCUGGUGAGUUUAGAUUGUCUGCAUACUACAAAUGUGUGUGCUUUCAAUAAUGUUUAAGUUCUGAGAACUAACUGCUUGCUAAUCAGUUGGCUUGGCCUAACUUUCCAGAUUUAAUAUUUACAUGAAAAUGCAGAUAAAGGAAUACUUGUUUCCUUAGGCAGGAGUUGUUGUUUUACAUAUCAUUUAUUUCAAUUUUCCCUGAAAGUUGAUGGAAUGCACAUUAUACCAAGGUCAUGUAAGGAUGAAAGCUCAGUAAACAAACAACUGAUCUUUGAUUCAUAUAUGAUUUCUGCAGCAAUGGUAUCAUUAACAUAAAUGCAUUUCUAUAUUUAUGGAUGUUGGCUAAAGCAUUAACGCACUUGAUGUGCAUUACUUUUUUCUGGAUGGUAUCUUGGCACAGUGACACUAGGCUGAAGAAUAUCUCCUGCAAUUCACUGGUGCUUGUAACUUAUAUAACAGAAGGUGAUUGCUUCAAGACUGGAAGAUUCCAAGGAGGUAAAAUAGCUUGUGAUGGUUCAACUUGGGGUGAGCAAAUUUCCAUUGUAAAAUUCUUGUCAACUUUUGUCCUAUACCACUCUAAGCUUCCCCCAGAGUUCAUCUUGCUGCUUCUAAAAUAUUUGGUAAAUGAAAGAUUCAAAUGUUUAACUGCUAAUCUGCCUCAGUUUUAUGAAACAGUGGUAGUGAGAGUAGCACCUGUGAAAAGAAAAGUUGUUUCCUACCAGUAAAUUACAUUAGGUUACAAAGGUGUGGACAAGGUAGGAAAAUACUGUAACUGUGAAUUUCAACUGUUCGCCAGUAUUUAAUUGGAAAAAGGAUCUUAGAAGCAGUGGUAAAGUAUUUCAUGAGUUGGUCAAAUCUUCUGAGGUGGAGAGUUAUCAACCCUUACUGUAUAAUGUGUCUGGAUGUGUCAAGAUUUACAGGAAAGGAAAAAUAUAUUUCUGGGUAACUUCUGUCAAACAAUUUAGACUUGCUGUUGCUUCUUUUUGAAGCGGUGGCAGAAAAAGGCAACAGUUAUAAUGUUAGGCCAGAUUUUUAUCUUGAUUUCAAUCAUUGGUUCUCAAAAGUAUGAGAUGUGUGAUCCACCCUUUAAUAACUUCAUAGAAAUAGAAAUUAAGAUCUUAGGUCCUAAUCAUAUUUAAAGGUACAGUGGUACCUCGGUUUACAAACUUAAUCCGUUCUGGAAGUCCGUUCUUAAACCAAAACCGUUCUUAAACCGAGGCACGCUUUCCCUAAUGAGGCCUCCCACUGCUGGUGCCCUUCCACUGUUCAGAUUCCGUUCUUAGACCGAGGUAAAGUUCUCAAACCAAACCAAGACACUAUUUCCGGUUUUGCGGAGUUUGUAAACCAAAUUUUUAUUAAACGGGACUGUUCUUAAACCGAGGUACCACUGUACUUCGAAAGGCAGGCUCUUGAAUAUUGUAUGACAUUAUCUAGCUAGUAUAUUUGUGGAAAUCAUAUUAGCCCUAGAAAAUGGGGCCCAUGAAUAUUUCCCAAUGUUAUAAUAAUACUUUAUUAAGUAAUACUUUAUUAAGUAACUCAGAAUCUUAGCCGUUUGCAUAAGAUUGAGGUAAACUAAAAAGGUCUGCAUUUCAAAAUCCACUGAUCUGAAAACAAUGAUGACUCCUUCAGUGUCUUGAUAGCAAUAAUGUUCCAGAAUCCAUAUUGCCUUCCAUUAGGCCAACCCAAAUGCCCACAAAAUAGCGUUUAUCAGGCUAUUUGACUGGGGAAGCUACUUUGUCUGCAUCUGUUCAGAGUCCUAAAUGGAAUGUGGGAGGUAGUAGACAUUUAAAUGAACCUCUUUUAGAUAUUAUACAGGUUUCAGUUUGCACCUAGGACUUAUGGGAAGAAGGAAUAUAGAAUGGUUAAUUCCUCAAAUCCAGCCGUAUGUCUCCAUUGUUAGCUACUCCUAAAAUUUGCAAAAGAUGCAAAAUUAAGGCGGUGGGCAGGGGAGACACACAAACUGUUCUUGUAACUUUUCCAGAAUCUGACUAUCCUUAGCAGCUUGAUUAAAUGUAAAUUCCCUUGAGUGAGUGGGGCUUAGCGGUAUGUUUGGAGUUGGAGUAUAAUUUUAUUCCAGUGUGAGAUCCAAUAUUAAACCUAAUAAUUAUUACCCCAUUCUGUGACAGCAGUGCAUUUGAAAAGGCUACUUCUUUGGCUAGAAUCAGCUGAUUCUAGCCAAUGCCACCAAAUGCUUUUCUGCUGGAAAAAGCGGUGUGUCAAAAUGUUAGAUUUAAUCUCCUUUGCUGUUGGGGAAUUGUGUUUACUGGGUCAGCAGCAAAGGGAAUAGCAUCAUUAGUUCUGCCUUGCACAGCCAGAACAUUUUUGCCACCUGGAACCUUGGUUGGAAAAGUGGGGAUCUUUUUUUAUUAAGCAUCUUAAUUUGAAUACUUAAGUGGCUAAAAUAUGGGAGCAAUAUGUUUAACUUACAACUUUCUAGAAAAAGUAGAUCAGAUUUACUAGUUAAAUAUAAAGACUUCUCUAGGCAAUGUGUAUAUUCUGCCCCUCUAAACUUGUAACUAUUAAAUAGGCCUGAUUUGAAAAACAUUCUGUGACAGUGGCAGUCAAUUUAUGUGUCUUAUUUUAAAAACAUAAUUACAUUUUUGGCUUGGGUCUCUUACUUUUUGGAUCCAUCUGCAUCUGAUGAUGUAUUUGGAAUGGCAAGUUUGCAACUAUUCUUGUAGCAAUUGGGCCUCAUGUACGUUAAGUGUAAUUGUCUGAUUCCUUUAGGUUUGCUUGGUGUGAUAUUGAUGCCCAUGAUCUGUGGGAAAGUUUCUAGUGCUUUACUUUUCUGCAGAAAAUUUUCCAUAAAUUCAGUAGCAACAAUGAAUGGGUGCCAAUUACAGAUACAAUAUUGUGCAAGUGUGGCGGUUUCAAAGUUUUUAGCUUUGUUUUCUAAAUACAAGUAAAAUGAGUAUUAUUUUAUAUAUAAUAAAAUAUAUAAAUUAGAUCACUCUCUAAUUUGCAUAGGAUCCCACCUGACAAUCCACAUCAUUGUUGGGGCCUCAUUUAUACAUGGAGUACUGCAUUUGCUGCCAUCCUGAUGGUUGCUGCCACAUGACGAUUGGUAAUAACUGCAUUUUCCAUCCUCACAGUUAGAGUGAAUCAUAUAGUUAUACCAUGAUGCCAAUUUGACCCAAUUUGGUUAUUCAUUGCUGGCAUGGUAUGUGUUCCAUCCUAAUAAUGUAGAUGGAAGUUGCAGAUGAUACCAAGAGUACUGCAGGGAGCCACCAUGGGGCAGCAGCAUUCAUGGUGCUCCAAAUAAUAUGUAGCCAGGGCCAGAGACGUCUGCUUGACUUUUCAAAAAAAAGAAAUUUGAUAGAGGGCCCAGACAUCAUCCUCUGGUCUCAAUGGUAGCUGAAAUCUGAAACUUUUGUUUGAGUCCUACAGUAGUCUGCUGUAGGUGAAUAUUGUUAAUAUAUGUCUUGUGAGCAGCUCUAGAGAUGAUACGACUGCAUGCAGGGCUGCCUUUGUACAAUAAAUGUAUUAAUGUGAACAAAUAAAUGCCUAGAUGCUGGGUGGCUUCACUUCAGUGAUUAUUGAAGUGAUGACUUCUCUCUCACCUCAGGUUUUCUCACUGUGUAGUAACUGUGGCGGUGUCUCUCUUGAGCUUUCAUUUCUCUUUAAUUGCAGAAUUUCUUUGGUAGUGGAAACUACAGUAUAAUGCUUUAUGAGUGAGAAACUGGUUUGUAUGUUGCUACGCCUUGUCACUCAAUACUGUUAAGCGUUUAGAAUUAUUAGCAGUGCUUAUGUUGCUUAAAAAACAAAUCCUGCUUCUCAGGAUUUAUGCGUAUUGACCAGGGAUGUGUGUGUUCUGUAUACAUUUUUCACCCCAUUUCAUGUUUUUCAUAAGGAAACACAAAUUCCAUACUUAUACCGUCGUACCUUAGAAGUCGAAUGGAAUCCAUUCCGAAAGUCCGUUUGACUUCCAAAACGUUUGGAAACCAACAUGCAGCUUCCAGUUGGCCGCAGGAAACUCCUGCAGCCAGUCGGAAGCCGCAGAACCUGUGUUGGACGUUUGGGUUCCAAAGAACGUUCACAAACUGGAACACUCAAUUCCAAAUGUGAAUCGUUUGGGAGCCAAAAUGUUUGACUCUCAAGGCAUUCGACUUUAAAGGUGCGACUGUAAUAUGAAAAAUAUUAGGCAACCUAAAGUGUAUACAUAUUUACUUUGAAUUUAUUUUCCAAUAUCUUUGGACUUUUUGAAUGGCCUAUGUUGUUCAACUGUAAGUCAAUGAAUUUGGCAAAGCCUUUGCCAAAACAAUUAAUUUUGCUUAAUGAAAACUUUAUCACUGUGGCCUGCCCACCAAUUGAUGGAGGCCUUGCAGCCUACAGAUUUAGUGAAUCUUAUGCAAGACUCAGUGGGUAUACACUAAAAAAAAAUACCCUAGCCUGUAUGAGCUAUGCAGAUUGAUUACCUUGCUUUGCAUAAUUAUUUUAGUCGUUAGAAUACAUAGUAGGCUAAACCAAAAGGUCCUACUAGUCCCUCCCAGUUCCUGAAAUUUCGCUGGGUGCUGACCCUUCCACACUUUAAAUAGAAAUUUGGUGUGAAUGUUUAAUGGAAGCUGAGAUCAUUUAGGCAUUAAAUUGUACACUUGUGCAAAAUUUCCAGGCCCUGAUGAAUCAUUUCUACUUAGUGUGUGAUUGAUACGGAAGCCAUGAAAGCAUCCACAAAAAGGAAGGUCUCUUUACUUGGAGCAAUGAUCCACUUACUCUCUGAAUCAGAAUGACCUGUGCAGAGCCUGAAUGUUUCCCUUUUGGAAAUUGGGAACCUUCUGGAGGGAUUCCCUCAUCUUUCCUCUCUCCCCACCCCACUUCCUUUUAGAUUUUCCUGUCCUUGCACCAUUGUGACUUGGUUUCGGGUGCUGAGCAAUGUUACGCUGCGUUGCUAGGAAUGGUUACCUUUUUUGCAUGCACAGGGAGACAAACGGGGGAAUCAGUGGCCUAUUGGAGUUGUGGAAUCAGUAGCCUAUUGGAGUUGGGGAAUCAGUAGCCUAUUGGAGUUGGGGAAUCAGUAGCCUAUUGGAGUUGGGGAACCUUUUUUAAAAACAACAACAACAACAAAAACUUUGAUUCCAUGCCUAGUGGGAACUCCCCAGUUUUUACAGAGGGUACCAUAUAUCAGUGGAGACUUUAAUCCUCUGAUUUGGAUUGGGCUUGACUCUGCCUUGAGUUGAGGUUCUCAUUGAAAGACAAUGGGUUUGUAGAUUAGUGGAUCUUAAUAGAAAGCUGCAUGUGUCUGUUAUGCAUGACUUUUCAAUAAAUUAACCUGUGGUGAGUAGUCGGAAUGACCCGAAUAAUAUUUCUACCUUAUUGAUAAAGACAUCAGAAAUGUAGAGAGAGUGGCUUAGAGUGUAAUUGUAAUGGCUUGCUUUGUUUCUUUUAAGGAAUCCUGAGUACCUUGCAAUAUGAAUAAUUCUUUGGAUAACACCAUUUCCUUUGAAGAAUACAUCCGUGUGAAAGCACGAACGAUCCCACAGCAUAGGAUGAAGGAAUUCCUGGACUCCCUUGCCUCCAAGGGUCCUGAAGCCUUACAGGAGUUUCAGCAGACGGCUGCUACCACCACCAUGGUAUACCAGCAAGGUGGCAACUGCAUCUACACAGAUAGCACAGAAGUGGCUGGAUCUUUGCUUGAACUUGCUUGCCCAGUUACAACAAGCGUCCAGCAGCAAACACAGCAAGAGCAGCAAAUACAAGUGCAGCAACCACAGCAAGUUCAGGUAAUCUUAAAAGGAUGCACGUCUUACUCUUUGCUGCUUUCAUACAUAAAAGCAUGCAGGAAUUUGUGCUCUGGGCAGCUUUCAUAGACAACUGUAGAGACAUACUCCUUGCAUUUUCUCUCCUCCAAAACAAAUUAAUUGAAAAAGAAUGUAGUUGUUAGGUACAAAUGUUUUUGCUCGUCGCUCAGAUAGGUUAAAGAUUUUAUUUAGUUUUCUAUAUAUCUGUUACAUGGACCAAUCUAAUUCAAGUCAGAAACUUAAUUUAAAUUUCUCCACCCUGCUAAUUUUUCUUUUUCUUUUCAUAGUGCACAAAGUACCUGUGUUAAGUACUUGGGUGAUACUCAGCUGUCCAAAUGUUGGGCAUGCGUGGGGCUGCAGAGGAGAGGAAGGGGAAAGUCCUCUCAGUGUUGGAUAUCUGUGAAUGUUCUUUAAAAGCAAACAUGACCAUAAGAUAAAUUAUUAAGAGUACUGUAUAGUCCAAAGAGCACAGGAAUAAGGCAAAUCAAUUUUAACUUUACUUCCCAAAUGCCACUCUUUCAAACAGUGUAUCCCUAUUUCUAGAGGCCUGGUGUAUCUUGAAUUUUCAGACAUAUUCUUCUGCAGAAGUGACUUUUAAAGUACAUUUGCACAAAACUUCCUGACUGCGUCUAGUGUUUCAUUUAAACCAAUAAUACCCAUCAUUCUGGUGAAUACCUAAUGGAAAACAAAUGGCUUACUGUAACUUAUAUGAUUCAGUGUUAAUAACUGAGUCAUGCGUUCCUUAGGAACUUUGCAUUUGCCUGCUGGUGAAAGGAAAGCAGAGAGGGGGCCAACCUUGUCUCCCAUGGAAGAGAGUUUACAAUCUGGGAGCAGCCACUCAGAAGGCCCUCUCUUGUGCCUUCACUAAAUUUACCUGUGAUGGUGGAACCAAGAGCAGGGCCUCCCCUGAAGAUAACAAAGCCCGGGCAAGCUCAUAUAAGGAGGUACAGCCCUUCUGAUAGCCUGGAUCCAAGCCAUUUAGGGCUUGUCUAGCAGUCAGGUCCAUAACUUCUCUGUCUUCUUCCUUUCCCUUUCAACCCUUAACUGAAUUCAAUCAACAUAAACCUGAUCACAAAAGUUUUGAGUCUGCCAUCAUUGAGCUUUACAUUUUGAAUAGUGACUGUGGAGAGAUUCUUUCAAGGCUCUGCAUCAGCACUGGCAGUAGGACUCCUGGGGUCAAUUGGCUGUCACCCAAGGCCAAAUUCUACUUGUGGCCUUAUGGUUGCAAGUUCCUACUGUAUAUGGAAUUAUAAUUGCAUACAUACAUGAAUCUGAGUAACAGGGACGAUUAACCUUAGAUAUGGAAUCAUAAUUGCAUACAUACAUGAAUCGUGAGUAACAGGGACGAUUAACCUUAGAUUUGUAAUACUGACUCCUAAUAUUUGAUUCUGCCAGUCCCCAGUAAUUGGAAACACAGUGAGCAGUUUAGUUCAUCCUUGAUUUAGGAAUUAUUAAUUUUCCCCAUGGAGGAAUUUAGACCUUACUUUACUUGAAGCAAACACAUGUUUUGUGGCCAUAUUGUGUUUAACUUGAAGUACAGACAAUAACAAACUAGCAGAAAAUGUAGUCAUGCUUCAGAGCUUAGUAGACUAAUCCUAUAUUUCUCUGUAUUAUGAAACCUAAUGUGAAUCAAAAGUACAUGGCUCUUUGCUACUGUGUAAACAGUUACAGGCUAGUGCUUUCAUUUGGAUUUCUUCAAAGAGUUUUAUUUACAUUAGAAAAACAGGACUUGUUCAGCAAACCUAGGUGCCCCUGACAUUUAAUUAAAUGCAACAAUACCUAGGCAAAGCACUCAGCUGUAGGUCUCCAUUGGAAAUUUGAGUUCUAACUAUGUUGCCUUGCCUGGAUGCUAUUUGCACUUUCAACCAUCUAACUAUAAUAGUGAACUUAGCAUAUGAUAGUCCUGGGACUGAUAUAUAGAUAGAAUCAGUGUAAGAAUCAAUUGUGGUAUACUGAAUGCUUAAAUUUAGGAUUAGGCCAGUCUUUUUUUUAAAAAAACACUAUUGAUGCACAGAAUAUAGAAAUAUCUAAUAGAUGAAAUAAUGAGGGUGUUGAACAACACUCUAAUUAUUCGGACCUUGUAUAGCUUGAAGGUAUCCCAAAUAUUGCUGCUCUAAACCUCUUCAGACCAUUAAAAAUAAAUUUUAACGAAAGAAUACAAUCCAGUUAAAAAACAGCAGCACUGAAGUAUAAUGCAAUACAAAAUGGAAAGCACUGGAGAUUUCAUUCAUUGUGAGCAAUGCAUAAGCAAUGUAUUGACUACUCUACAUAGCUAUUUUGCAUUAGCUAGUUGCAUAUUACAUUUCUUUGUAAACACGAAAUAUAAAACUAUAGUCACUUUAAGUAUUGAACUUAAUUUAAGUAUUGAACUACAAUGUUCUUACUCUGCCCUCAAAUAUGAAAUAAAAAUUGAUUCAACUCUGUGUGGCAAGGGGGUUCUGUGGACAGAUAGUUACCAUCACCAUGAUGUGAGAGGAUGAUAUAGGAAUGUGCAUUUGGGGAAAUUAGCACACCCACCCAAUUCCAGACACAAAAAGAUUGUCAGAGCUGUUUUGUUCAGAGUUGGGUUGCCUUUGCAUGACUAAAAAAAUGGGACUGCUUUUUGAAAGAUAAAUAGCUCUGAAUUUGUGAUGUGUACCAUUUUUGCCAUUAUACCUUCUGGGCCAAGCUAAAUGUGACUUAGAAAAUGCUCUGUGAGUGUCCAACUGCAUAUAUGGUUUGGCACUUAAACUUGUCUCUGGAUAAAAUACAUUUUAUUUUUCAAAUAUGAAAACUGUUGCAACUCAUAAAAGCACCUGUGGGCUGCUGAAGAUUUUUUGGGGGGGGGCACUUGCAUAUUAGCAGUAAGGCAUAAUAGAAUUAAGGAAUACUAGUGCGAAAUGAUUUUAUAAGUUGAUACCAAAUUUUAUCAAAAGUACGAAUUGUGUAUCAUAUAGAGGAUUAAAGCAAACUAAUCUUCCUUUUUAGUUCAUAUGAUUCUAUACUUGUUCUCCAUGUGCAUGUAAGGCAUUCCUAGUCAGGUACGUGAAAGAAAGUUUUCACAGAUGAGCACUAAAGCUGCUGAAUGACAUCUAUAUGGUCGUACCUUGGAAGUUGAAUGGAAUCAGUUCCGGAAGUCCAUUCGACUUCCAAAAAGUUUGGAAACCAAAGCACGGCUUCUGAUUGGCUGCAGGAAGCUCCUGCAGCCAAUCAGAAGCUGUGGAAGCCCCAUCGGACGUUCGGGUUCCAAAGAACGUUUGCAAACCAGAACACUCACUUCUGGGUUUGUGGCGUUCGGGAUCCAAGGUAUAUGCAGUCAAGGUGUUUCCCAUCCCACAGUCUGCCCUGAAGCACAGCAUUAAAAACAAACAAGCCUGCAGUGUGAUAUUUGCUGGUAGUCCUUUCUAAGCUUCAGAAGAAACCAGUUUCACUACCUUCCUGAGAUACACUUAUAUGUAAGAUAAUAAGGAGCUGCCAGCAAGGAAGCCCAUGCCCAAGCACCAAGGAGCUUAAACAAUACAAAGCUUUGUCUUAAGGAGGAGUAAGAAGGUGCCUCGUUAAAUAUUUAUUAAACUAACAGGAAGCUGUCUAAUUUUAAGAACAAGAUAAGCAGUUAGCACCUAUGAAAAUAAAGCUCAGGAAGUUUUAACUUGUUUGCUUUGAUAGGCUCCCCCAAACAGUUUGACUACACAGUGUUCCUGCUUCAUACAUGCAUAUACGUAGCUUGGUUUCUCAUUGCUUAAUUACUCAAAUUUGUUGGUUUUCAGCUGAACUAUUAUUUACUAAAAACAUUGUUUGAGUUAGCACAAAAGUCAAUCUGUUUGAUAUUUGACGCUGCAGCCAUGAGUGAUAAGCAUGCAUUUGUGAACUAUUCUUAGAUUGUUCUUCUGUCACUCCACCCCCUUUGCCUUACACUUUGAGAGUAUCUUUGAAACAAUAGGAGACCUUUUUUGUCAUGUUCCUUCACCACCACCACUUUGGUUCUAUGUUCCAUGUAUAGCUGGAAACUAACAGCAAAUGCUUCUGUAUUGAUUAUAUCAGUGGACAUGAGAGAAGUCUGUCUGAUUAUGCUUUGGUUUGACCAGCAGGAUUAUUACAGACACAUUCCUUUCUACUGCCUGUGUAGAGUUUAGGUGGGAUUAGUUCAUAUUCUACAUACAGAUUGCUUUAAUCUUCAUAGAAAACUAUUUGGAGCCUUUUUGUGAGUGAGGGAAACUUCACAAAUCUUGUGUGUGAUAGGAAUGUAAGUAUGUGCUUGGUAGCUUCUUUUAAAAUGGUCAGUGAAGUUUAAAUUAGACAACACAUGCUGGACAGAAAAAGGUAAACUGUUUGAUACAUGUGGCACUGAGAGAGCUUACUGCUUAUAAAAAGGAGCUCUUGAAUUCUGCAGCUUUAAUCCCAAAAUCCUAAUUUGGGAUAAACCUUAGAUUUUAAGCAUGUUCAGUUAACUGAGCAUAUAGAAUGUAGUUCAACACUUGUGUCUUAUUAUGGAAUUUGGAAACUGCUGUGAUUAAGUCAGAAUUUGUUGCUGCUUCUCGUCAGUUUCAUAACUGACUUAGAGCAUUUUUUAUCAUAUCUAGAAAUGUGGUUUUGCUUUGACUUACUUCUACAUUAACUUAGCUGGUCUUUGGAUAAUCAGCUAUCCUUUCCAUUUUCUGCUUUUAACUGUUUCUCUUUUCUGCAUUUCAAGAUUAGCAUAAGAGUUUUGACUGAUAGAUAGCAUGUUCUCAUUACUAUAUUCAUUUUUUAUAUCUAGUAUUUCCACCCGUAGUUAUUUUUGUGGGUGGUAUCUGCAGAAUAUUUUGGGACUCAACACAUUUGCAGAAAAAUUAGUAGUUUGUAAAUUAAAGACCUGUAAAUGUUAAAAUCUUCUAAGAAACACCUCUUUAAUUUGGGGAGCAAUUUGUUCACAGGUUUUCCACAUAAAGUUACCAUGUUAGAUUUGUGACUUCAGACAAAAGUGCACCAUUACAUUUCCCAUAGGAGUAUGCAGUGCCAGAAACACAUGUAAGAAUUUGCCCCUAGUUUGGUGUUAACAAGAGGACAAUAAUGUGAAGUUUGGAAAGUAUUACUGCCUCUGUGCAGGCUUUUAAGUAUUAUAUGUGAUACUGUUACUAAAAAAAGUAAGAAUUUCUUAAGUUUUGUUGAGUGCUUCAGCUAUCACCUCUUACUACAAUUUUGUUGCAUUAUACUCAUUCAAAAACACUUUCUUCCAGUAUAGCAAGAUGCCUCUGUAGGAAAUCCAUUCCUUCCAUUUUCUUAUAGUUGCACUAUUAAGCUUACGCCUUUUUGAGAAGUUCUAACUACAUACACACACUUAUAAGAAAACGUUGUCUGAAUAAUAAGUUUAUGGUAUCCUGGGAAGGUGCUAUUCAGCUCUCAAGCCAGCCUAGAAUAGAAGAUUCAUAGUGCUUUUCAGGACUCCUGGGAUGGUGGCUGGUUGGAGAGGUUGGGGAAAAAUCUCCUUUUAUCAUCAUUCUGAAAACAUCCCUUGCUCUUCUGUACAUCACUAGAAAUUUACUGCCUGCUUCAAACCAGAGUGCUUUUUCUGGAGAGUGGGAAAAUGAAAAAGUGCCUAUUCUCUCCCAACUUCUCUUCCCAAACCUCCACAUAUAGUGCAGGGAAGAUGAGUUAUUUAGCCUCGGAUGCACAUUCUCUGAUCCCAGUUUCUACUGCCACCAGCCCUUUUCCAGCUGCAUGUGAGCUGUUUACAAGCUUGAGUACACUAAAUUCUUUCAUAGUCAAAAACUGAUGUACAGCUGCCUUCAACAUUCUGUGGCUGUUGAAGGCCGCUAAGAGUGCUCAUUCUUCACUGGGAUAUUGUCAGUUUUUCUCUCUUGCCUUAAUUUACAAAUUAAUUUGAAAUAUUGGGUGGUCCCCAAGUGUACAGAAAUGACUACUUUUUAUGUAUGGCCGCAUUCUGAUACCCAACUGACAGUUCAUUUAUAUUAUACUUUCUCCUUGGCCUAAUCACAAAAGUCAGUAGAUCAGAGGUUUUGGAGUUAACGAAUGCUAACUUUUGAAUCCUUGUUUUACAGGUGCAAGUUCAGGUUCAGCAAUCCCCUCAGCAAGUCUCCACUCAGCAGCUUUCUCCCCAGCUCACUGUUCAUCAAGCCUCAGAUCAGCCCAUACAGGUCCAAGUGCAGAUCCAAGGUCAGGCGCAACAGCCGGCACCUCAGACGAUACAGGGUCAAGCGCUUCAGAGUCCUAGCCCUUCUCAGUUGCAGGCAGCUCAGAUCCAGGUGCAGCAUGUGCAGACUGCUCAGCAAAUCCAGGGUGCCGAAAUACAGGAGGAACAUAUGCAGCAUCAGCAAAUCCAGGCACAGCUUGUGGCAGGACAGGCUAUUGCUGGGGGCCAGCAGAUCCAGAUCCAGACAGUUGGGGCGCUUUCCCCUCCUCCAUCUCAACAGGGCUCACCACGCGAAGGCGAGCGAAGGAUCAGCACCGCCAGUGUCCUCCAGCCAGUAAAGAAGCGCAAAGUGGAUAUGCCUAUUACUGUGUCAUAUGCUAUUUCAGGGCAGCCGGUUGCCACAGUCCUGGCCAUCCCCCAAGGCCAGCAGCAGAGUUAUGUAUCGUUAAGGCCGGACUUGUUAACGGUGGAUAGUGCCCACCUGUACAGUGCCACUGGGACCAUAACCAGCCCUACUGGAGAGACUUGGACCAUCCCUGUUUACUCUGCGCAACCACGUGGCGACCUGCAGCAGCAAAACAUAACCCACAUUGCCAUCCCCCAGGAGGCCUACAAUGCCGUCCAUGUCAGUGGCUCCCCGACGGCCCUAGCCACUGUGAAGCUGGAAGAUGACAAGGAUAAGAUGGUGGGAGGUGCAUCAGUAGUGAAAAACUCUCAUGAGGAAGUGGUGCAAACCCUUGCCAACUCCCUUUUCCCAGCACAGUUUAUGAAUGGCAAUAUCCACAUUCCAGUGGCAGUGCAAGCAGUGGCAGGGACAUAUCAGAAUACAGCCCAGACGGUCCAUAUAUGGGACCCACAGCAGCAGCAGUCCACACCGCAAGAGCAGGGGCAGCAGCAGCAGCAACACCAGCAGCUGCAAGUUACUUGCUCUGUAAGUAAACUACUUUAAUGAACAACCUGUCUGCACUGUGGAGUGUUCCAAAUGUAGAGAGCAGUGGCUUAGCCCAAGGGCAGAACUGUCUGCAGUGUGCAAAGACAGCAAAACUUUACUCAGAGUAAUAUGUACCUUGUUUUUAUGUAAAGUUACUCAGCUUGCAUGCAGCUGGAUGUCCUUCCAGAAUUUUGUAUUGAGAGGUGGGCAUACGAUGAGGAUUUUCAGCAUUAGGGGUUCAGGUAGCAGCAUGGGGCACAGAUAUUCUGCUCUUUCAAGCUGUAAAGAACUGUGCAGAAACUUAUCUGCACGUUUUGAAAUGUAAUGCCUAUAUGCUCCUCUUCCCCCUUUUGAGGACUAUGUAAUAUACUUGUGUUUCUGCAAAUGGUUUUCUGCAAAAACAACAACCCGAGGGUGUUUUUUUAAAAAAGCAUUCAAGACUGCUGGACCAAACUCUGUAAAUUGCAAAAGAUAAAUGGUCCUUCCUCAGGGUGCUAACUGUCAGAAAUGCUGAAUUAGUAUAAAUUUCACUGAUUCCCAGAUUUGAAACUCUGGACUGGGACUGGACAUCUAUUACUGUUCAGGGUGAAUGAAACAUUUUUUGUUCUUAUUCUGGGAAUGGCAGAAUGGGGUAGGGGUUAAUAUUCCACUAGGAUGCAGGAGGACAGUGUUGUACUUCUUCCUCCCCUGCAUUUAAGUAUUUCAUAAUUCUAAUGGUGUACAUAAGGCAAGCAUUCUCGCCUUUCCGAUCUCUUAAUAUUUAUGCUAAAUCUUCUGUUGGGCUAAUCAUUAAGCUUUAUUAGCUGCCAUUAUAAUGGGUUGUGUUGAGACUAAAUCACAUCAGUGAUUUGCAAAACACUAACUCUAGAGUCGGGUGCCGUUACUGAGAGAGUCCUUCUUGUCUGAAAUCUGUCAUGGAUUGUAAAGGUAAAGGGGCCCCUGACCAUUAGGUCCAGUCGCGGACAACUCUGGGGUUGCGGCGCUCAUCUUGCUUUAUUGCUGAGGGAGCCGAUGUACAGCUUCCGGGUCAUGUGGCCAGCAUGACUAAGCCGCUUCUGGCGAACCAGAGCAGCGCACGGAAACGCCGUUUACCUUCCCGCCGGAGUGGUACCUAUUUAUCUACUUGCAUUUUGAUGUGCUUUCGAACUGCUGGGUUGGCAGGAGCAGGGACCAAGCAACAGGAGCUCACCCCGUCCCAGUGAUUCGAACCGCCGACCUUCUGAUCGGCAAGCCCUAGGCUCUGUGGUUUAACCCACAGCGCCACCCACAUCCCGCAUCAUGGAUUGUACCUGGGGCUAUAUACAAAGCAUAUCCCUGUUGGAACUGCAAUCCCUCCUUUGUAUGUGUUAGUGAGGUUCAUAUAUGUGAAUUUGCAGGGUUGUGGUGUUUUGGUUGAAGUAAGAACAGGUUCUUUAGUAAAUACAUGGUGACUUGGCCUUUGAAAAUACGCCUCACCCCAUGCUGUACUCAUUCUAAACUCGCUUCAUAAUUCAGUUGUCCAUACAGCAAUAUGUGGUGUGGUUAAAACAAAGGGUGUGGCUACAGUUGCCAUUAUAACGGAAUACACUUUGACAGAAAUAUUCCACUAUGAGUUAAUGUUAGGAGUGAUUACCACUGGUUCAAAAUUUUCAAAUGCAGUUAAGAAAUUACAUGUAGAAUUUUUUUAUUCUAAGCUCUUGAGUACUUCCAGUGAAAUAUAAACUUAACUGGAUUUCUCUAUUCUCUAUUUAUUGUGCCAAAAUUUUGCUAGGAAGCAAAAUGUAACAUGUUUGUGGUUCUCUAACAUACCUUGCAGCCUGACGUGCGAGUGUUGGAUUCCCACAGCUAUUCUGAUAUUAGCCCAUGGGAUUUUAGGAAGGUUUUGAUGUUGUCUUAGAGCAUGUAGAAGAUUGCAAGUUUUUUGUUCUAGACUUACUGAGGCCAAUCCUUGUUGGGUCCAGUAGCAUCGCCAAAUUUUCUCAACUCCCAUGUUGUUUCUUGCAUUUCUUUAGUCUUCAAUAAGACUACUUUCUGUGUGCCAUCUACCCCACUGGAACAAUUUUCACAUUAGAGAAUUGAUCUUACACAACAGUAACUUUUAUUAAGCCUCAACAUUGCUUGGUAAAGUACCAGCUAUAUACAGUGGUACCUCGGGUUACAUACGCUUCAGGUUACAUAGCCUUCAGGUUACAGACUCCGCUAACCCAGAAAUAGUACCUCGGGUUAAGAACUUUGCUUCAGGAUGAGAACAGAAAUUGUGCUCUGGCGGCAUGGCGGCAGCAGGAGGCCCCAUGUGCUAAAGUGGUGCUUCGGGUUAAGAACAGUUUCAGGUUAAGAAUGGACCUCCGGAACGAAUUAAGUACUUAACCCGAGGUACCACUGUAUUCAGUAAAUGGGGAGCUAAAACAGAAUGGCUCUUGAGACUAACAAAAGGAUAAGCAAGAAGAAAAAAGCCAGGAAGAAUAAGAAGGCAUGGUGAAGAAAGGCAAUAGAAAUUAAAAGCUAUUAUUGUUUAGAGGUGCAAGUGUAUCUUUCUAGGGAAAUUAUUCUGAUCACAACUUUUAGAGUUGGGUCUUUGAGAUAAUAAAAACUCAGGAGAUUCCUUGGCUGCUGUUACUUUUAACCUGAGUAGUUUAAAAUAGAGCAGGAGUUCUCAAACUUACUACCCUCAGUGCUUACUUGAGAGGGCAGAAAAUUACUGAGAAUCAUCAGUCACAAAAUGACUGUUAGGGUAGAGGAAGGCACAGAAUCGAGGCAGAGUUUGGCGUAAUCAUGUGGCAGCUACUGCCCUUAUCUUCUAUUGAUAGCCAGUCCUUUUUUCAAAAUUGCCAAUACUUCAGCCUGCUCAAAUUAAGCCCAGAGAUUGGCCGUGGAGCUAUUGUGACUCAGCAUUCUUCUUGUAGGCAGAAUUUGCUGAUCCAGAGGCUCAAUGUGGAAUGGGCUUCUUAUUUUGUUUUUUUAAUCUGCUGGGGUAUUCUUACUAUAAGAACUCGUAUAUUGAUCACAAUUUAGAGCUAACCUGUGUCCCAGCUCAGAUAACAAUUCUCACUGCCCCCAGCCAUUGUGACUGAGGGUCAGGAAUGAUGGAAGUAUUCUCAAUAAUAUCUGGUGGGCCACUGGUUAGCCACACCUGCUUUAGAGGCUUUUAUCAUAAUGUCAGAAUACUAGCUCAAUUCCUCUUGAACUGAAAGUGCACCAUUUAAAAUGAAUGAAUUGUAUGUUAAAUGUGGGAUAUGAUAAGAGGGGAAGGAAAAAGUAGAAGAGAAGGAUGAUAGGAAAUUGGGAGCAGGGCACUGCUAUCAGUCAUGUAUAGGUUUCAGUUAAGCUAUUCAAACUUCUAAAUGUUUAUGCUUUCUCACCCUCUCACUGUUAGGCAUGUCAAAUAUGGAAGGGGGUCAAGUAUUAAAACAUGGGUCAGCAAACUAAAGUCCGCGCGCUGGAUCAGGCCCAGUUGCCUUCUGGAUCCGGCCUGCGGACGGUCCAGGAAUCGCCGUAUGGAUCACCAGUGCUCGCACUCUUUCCCUCCCCCUCAGACGGAAGUGGCGGUGCCUCCUUCCUCCCUCCCUCCCUCCCUCCCUCCUCCUGGCUUCUCCGCCCUGCCUAGAGGAGGAAGGGGGCUGGGCUUUGUUGGUGCCAGCAUUAGCAGCGCUCAAGCGGCUGCCAUUUUAAGCAGCCCCUCUCUGGAGCCCUUUCACGCACCGCUCAUCGUCCCUCCACUGCCGCCACCAGCCCCUCCCACUUGCAAGACAUAGGUAAGCAGCCACCAGGGCUCAUGGUAUUCUUGCAUCAUCCCCCCCCAAAAAAAAUAUAGUCUGGCCCCCCACAAGGUCUGAUUGUUUUGUUCUGAUCGUAGUCUACAUCCAGGUAGGUAGGUAGCCUUAUCUGUUGUUUUAUUACUAUUGUCUUGUUUUGUCAAAAGGAUUGUAACUGAAAACUUGAAUAAUUGCCUGGCCAGCACUAAGAUACAAAAUCUCAGUUUAGCAGGGCACCUUUAUAGUAUGCUACUCUUAGGCACAGGGCCGCCUUGUACAAAAAUCUAUUCUAAUGGAAAUAUUGCACUUAGAACUGUGGGCAAACUGAUGAUGCUGUGACCUUCAGAUUCUGUGUUUGCUAGCAGAUGUAUUUUCUAAAAUGAUUAGCAUUCAGCUUUCCCCCAGCAGAGGGCAAUCUGUUCACUCUGUUUUAUCUCUUAAUUAUUCAACAUUUGUUGACAUCUUCUCCUUGUACCCAGCUGCAAAGACGGUUUCGUAAAUCAGUUUACAGUAAUGUCUGAACUAGGAAACUGGUUUGACAGCAACCCACAAACCAGAAUUGAAGUAACUUUAUGGAAAACUGGUUUUAAGAAAUUAGCAGUCUGCUUUGCAACUGGCCUCAUUAGAAGAGGAAGGAAUGCUUGAACUUGACAACAAACCAUGGUCUUUUUUUGGGGGGGGGGCGUGCAGAUUAUCUUCUCUGAACUAGACCUCUGUAGUUGCAACAAACUAAAAACGCAGUAGCCACUAUGUUACACAGGGUUUUGAUUCUGCAUUUUGACUUUGUAAGACGUGUUCACAGUGGUCAUGAGGUAGCAAGCUAAAUACAUGGAAUUGAGAGUGAUCAAUAUUUGUAGUGAAAUAUCAGGGGUUUCUGAGCAUUAGAAUUAAAUGAAGAGCAAACAGCCUGAACCCACCUCCUAUGAAGAUUACCAUUUUUAUUAUCUUUACUUCUCUUUAUUGAAAUAUUUUAUAAGCCACCUGGAGGACCGUUCAAUUAAAACUGCCAGGGUGUAAGUCAAAUAUAGUACAGUUCUUCUAAUGAACUGAAGUCAGGUGAGUAGCUCUGCAGGCUGGAGGAAGAUGCUACAGUACUGGUAAGCAAAAGCUUUUCAUACCUAUGUGAUCAGAAUUGACUUUUUUCCACAGGCUCAAACUGUUCAGGUUGCUGAAGUUGAGCAGCAACCACAGCCUCAGCCUUCACCUGAACUUCUCCUUCCACACUCUCUCAAGCCAGAAGAGGGACUAGAAGUGUGGAAGAGCUGGGCACAGACUAAAAAUGCAGAGCUGGAGAAGGAGGCUCAGAACAGGCUUGCACCUAUUGGCAGUAAGUGUUGUGAGCAGGGAAGUACUGCUCCAUCUUUCAAACAAUAGGAAUAUUUUGCUUUGUAAAGAUUAGUUAGAGUGUUAUAGGCUGCUGAAUUAAAAGGGCUUUGGGUGGGUUAUCAUAUACAGUGAGUGUGUAUAGGCCACUAUAAUCAACAGCUUCUAGAGUUCUUGCUAAUGAUCAGGGCUUAACUUUUCCUUUCAGGCAGCUCAGCUCAUUCUCUAAUAACUUUUCUGCUAAGUGAUGGAGUCUCUGCUCUUCUUGCUGAUUUCAUUCUUAGCUGCAUUCUUGAAUCUGUUUUGGUGUGUUUAGAAAGCAAGGCAAACUUUCAUUAUGUAUGUUAGGUUUUAAGUUUAAAAUAAAAAUACAAAAGCCUUGUUAACUUUAAAAACAGUUAAGCUUAUAUGCAAUGUUUGUGGCACCCAGGAUUUUUUUCAUUGACACAGCAAUAUGGAUUUAAAAGGAUACUAAUGUCAGUCAUGCUUUGAAUUGUCUCUUGGUAUUCUGACCUCAGACUCCUUCCCAUUGUUAUUGAGGAAUAUUCAACCGUUUGUGAAUUGUCAAUUUACUGUCUGAGUGGCAAGUCGUGUGUUUGAAAUCCAUUCAGUCUCCAUUUCAAGCAAAUUUUGGGGUACCUUUGUAUAUGCUGGGGACAAGGAGAAAUAUUUGCAAGUGACAGUAUAGGCUUAUUGGGAAGGUUGCAGCGGGAAAGCAUGACUGAGUCUACAAAAAGACAUCUCUGUUGAGAAAUGCCAGUUAGUAACCUUCUGUGCCAUGGUUUGCAGGACGCCAGCUGUUGAGAUUCCAGGAAGAUCUCAUAUCCUCUGCUGUAGCAGAGUUGAAUUAUGGGCUGUGCUUAAUGACUCGUGAAGCUCGCAACAGUGAAGGUGAACCCUAUGAUCCAGAGGUUCUGUACUAUAUCUUCCUGUGUAUUCAAAAGGUAUGGUAUUUUGGAAGCCCUUGCUGCAAACAAUGUUAAAAGUGGUAUGCUGGGCAUAUGUUGUCACUAGGAGGAUUCUUGUGCCAGACUAGAGUGAGAGAGGCAGACAUUGGCUUCCACUCCUGAGAUCCUUGGUUUUCUCUUUCGCUUGAGAACUCUUGACUGGAUGCUGUUCUGAUCUUUAGAGUGGCACAUAACUAAACAUACUCUAAUAAUCAUUAUGCAUAGAAACAAACUAUUAGUAGCUGCAAAUUCUGGAAAUUAGCCCAGUAUCACUCUAAUGGGAUUACUAUUUACAAAGCAUUAAUCUGAGUUUCAGGUGCUUCAUGGCCUAGCCUUUCAGGCUCUUUGAAUAAAUGUGUUUGUUGUGCACUAUGGGAUUUACAUAGGAAGGCAUAAUAAGUAAAACUGUAGCUGGAGAGUUAAUGUUGAGUUUGUUAGGUGAUUCCUAAUCUCUAUUGUCAGCAGGGGGGGUGAAGAAUUUCUAAUCCUCAUGUUUCACAUGUGCACUUCAAACACACAGUCUAACUAACUGAUUGUUUUUUUAUUUAAAAAAAUUCUAUGAGGAGCAGGUUUGCCUGACCUCUGUGUAACUGUUUCUUGCAGUAUCUAUUUGAAAACGGGCGAGUCGAUGACAUUUUUUCUGAUCUAUAUUACAUACGGUUCACUGAGUGGUUACAUGAAGUGCUCAAGGAGGUGCAGCCUCGGGUCACUCCUCUUGGUAAGAGACUCUUCAGUCCACAGAUAGGCAUGGUAACCACUGUCUAGACACCACGAUCCUCAGAGAACAUUUGAAGAGGAAUGCUCCCUUAAUUGACCUAGGAAGAAUCUGCAAUAAAUUCAAAUAAUUGCUUUUUGUCCUAGACUUCUAGGCCCCAAAUUGUCCUUGCUUUUCUGCAGAGAAGUACGGGUAUCGCCGUAUAGCUGGACCCAUAUUGUCACUUUCCAAUAUAUUGUCUGAAGUACAAAAUGCAGGCUUGCAUUAUUCAAUAUGGAUGGAACCACAUGUGGGCACACAUGGUGCAGCCUUCACUGUAGUUUUUGCCGGGCUCAUCCCAGCCAUCUGGUUUGCUUCUUACAUCUGCCCAAACUCUCUACUGAUCUGAUGCCCAUAUGGUGGAAUUUUAUAACAGAGCUUGAAACAAUGAAAAUGUAUGGUAAGGCUAUCAUUCAGAAGCAGAACAGAAUAGUCCUCAUCUGUUUCCAGAAUGUCACGAGAGAGUGGGAGCACAAAUGAAUCACUCUUGGAAGUGUCCCAAAGCUUUGGGGUGCUAAUUGAGAAAGGUCUUCUGCUCGUAAAGCCUGUUCUGGUGAGAUGGAACUUGAAGUUGUUGAUUUUUUGAGGAGGUGGCAUUCCCUGUGAGAACUGGUUCUAGAAUGUUUAGGGCAUCAUAAGUUAGACAAGCCAAUGUCUCUGCCUUUAUCUUUGUGGAAUGGUAGGCUUGCAUAGUAGUUGCAACAAGAUAGCAUGAAGUAUUUUUGAGUGUAUAAUGAUACAGAGCUACAUAAGGUCAAACAAUCUUCUCGGGCACACUAAAAGUAAUUAACAUGGUUAACUUAGGUCCAUCAGUGUCACUGGGACUAUUCUGAGUUGUAUCCAAAUAAGCUGUACUUACAAACUAUUUGUUAGAAACAUCAAACCAGCUAGUUAGACUUGAUGUCAUUAACUGAAAUGUAUGCUAUGUGUAGGAGCUGCUGUCGCUAGUCAAAGCUUUGUAAAUUAGUUUUCUCUCUUAAUAGGAACUUUGGGGUAAUUGAUUGGAGAUGCUGCUUGGUUUCCAUACAUCUGUUGAAAUUAUCUUCUGGUCUUCACAGGCUAUGUUCUUCCUAACCAUGUGACAGAAGAGAUGCUGUGGGAGUGUAAGCAGCUUGGAGCUCACUCUCCUGCCACCUUGCUGACGACGCUCAUGUUUUUUAACACAAAGUAAGUACUAAUAAAGAUGCCUCCUUCGUGGAAGCCUAUUCUUUAGUGAACUGUGAAUUAAUGUGCACAUGUGAGCACAAACUACCAAUGAAGAAUUACUUAGAUGCAUUUUGGUAUGAGCUAUCAGAGCUAGUUUGGCAUAGUUAACUACAAAAUGAACCAGUGAACCAGCAGGUCUCCAGUCUUCCUUCUUCAGUGAACUUACUAGGUGGCCAUCGGAAAAUUCAGUCUUCCCCAGUGUGCAAUAUGGUCAUAGUUCUGACUUCUUUACGUGGUCGUUCUAAGUUUCUCUAUCACUCUCUCGCACACACGUACAUGUGUUUAUGUGUGUAAGUAUAAUCAGUCUUUGAAUGCAUGACAGCAAUCAGUCUAGCAUUCUGUUUCCAGAGUGACCAGCCCAGUGUUUUUGGGAGUUCACAGAAGUAUGAUGUUGGUGCUCCGUCCUGUGACUGCUUCCUGUUAUUUGGGUUAUACUGUUCCAAAAUACAGAGAUCCUAUUUAGCUAUUGAGACUAAUAGCCAUUGCUAGCUGUAUCCUUCACUAUUGCUUAUAAAACAUGCCAAAUGAGCUGUCUAUUGAACUGUAUAUGUCUGUUGAAAUAAAUGCACGUUUUAAAAACCUUACACUCCAUCAAAUGUUGGCUAUUAAGAGCCUUGUUUUGUUCCUGAUAGGAAAAAAGGUUUUUCUGCCAGUGUUGGAAAAGUUAAGAUUUAUUGUGCAUCUUUAACUGAUCUGUGCCCUCCACCUUUUCCACUUGAUGUUCAGAUACUUCCUGUUGAAAACAGUAGACCAGCAUAUGAAGUUGGCCUUUUCAAAGGUUUUGAGGCAGACCAAGAAGAACCCUUCCAAUCCCAAGGAUAAGAGUACGAGCAUCCGGUACCUGAAGGCACUUGGCAUACACCAGGCAGGCCAGAAAGGUAGAACUUAACAUGGAAAAAUAAAUCUGUGCUUUAAGUAGCUGAUCAUAUUUGCUUUGCAGCUCUCUCUCUCUCUCUCGCUCUCGAGAGGGAACCACAGGUUUAAAGGAAGACAAAUGGGAUUCAUAAUUAAAUUUGCAGCCCAGUAAGCCUGGGUGGUGAGUAUGGCUAGACAAUUUCUGGUGCUGAUGGUGAUUGAUUACAAAGCCACCUUCUGGGACUGGGACUUACUAUAUCAUGGAACUUUAUUAUGAGAUAUCACAGGUAUUUGAUCUGCAGAUGCAAGUCCUGUUGCAGAUGCCAUCAUCCCUGAAGAUCAACUGUAGCACACAGUGGGGAUUUUUUUCUUUUGGUAAUGAUGCUUUUCUCUUACUUUCUGCAAACAAAAAUAUUUCUUUGCAUUCAUACAUUUUAUUGAAGGUCCUUUGCUGCCUUACCCUGGCAUUUACUGAAAUGAGUGCAUGUGUGUAGCUUACUGUUAUUAAUUGGGUUAUAUCAAAGCUAGUUGUUUGUGGUUGGAAAAUGGAAUAUUAAUUAAAUGUAUCAAAAAAAAAAAAGGUAAAGGACCCCAGCAGUUAAGUUCAGUCGCGAACGAUUCUGGGGUUGCGGUGCUCAUCUCGCUUUACUAGCCGAGGGAGCCGACAUUUGUCUGCAGAGUUUUUCUGGGUCAUGUGGCCAGCAUGACUAAGCCGCUUCUGGCAAACCAGAGCAGCACACGGAAACGCCGUUUACCUUCCCACCUAUUUAUCUACUUGCACUUUGACGUGCUUUCGAACUGCUAGGUUGGCAGGAGGUGGGACCGAGCAACGGGAUCUCACCCUGUCGCGGGGAUUUGAACCGCCGAUCUUCCGAUUGGCAAGCCCAAGAGGCUCAGUGGUUUAGACCACAGUGCCACCCGCGUCCCAAAUGUAUCAAAACAGCAUCUAAAAGCUUUAGGCAUGCCAAGCUUCUGAGAUGACACUGUAGUGGUACUUGCUUCCUUGCUUUAUAUUCCCCUGAACUUAUGUUGGACUGCUCUUGGGGGCACAGUUCUGUUACUGUGCAUUUAUAUCUAUUCAGAGAUUCUCUAUGAAGCCCCAGUUGCUUUUCCUUCUUAUUUAUUUAUUACCUUUUACACUUGUCUCAAGGCAGUUUAGAAACAUACCAUAAAACAGCUAUAAAUAGUUUUAAAACAGUACAUAAAACAGCUAAAGAUAGGUUUAAACUGAAGACUGGGACCUUUUAGUCCAGCUGGAAAACCUUUACAUGAAUGAUACUGCCAUGGAUCCUACUGCAAAGAAGGUGAAACUUUGACCACCAAACUGUUCCUGGAAUGCUUUUUGAUAAGUAGGACUCCUACCUCCUUGCUAAAAACUAGACAACACACUGAGAUAUUUAUGUUUGGAUGUAAACAGAACUACAAAAAAGCACAGGUAGCAGUGGAUGUGUACUUUGCUUAAUGGUAGCAUAAUAGUUGUCUAUCUGCAGCAAGAAAGCCAUUGUGUUGCUGUGUCCCAUCUUUUCAAAUUGUGGGAUUACUUAGGUUCAUCAACUUCGAGGUUUCUGAUGUUCUGUAUUGUUGGGAUUGACUUGCAGUUACUGAUGACAUGUAUGCAGAGCAGACAGAGAACCCAGAGAAUCCCUUGAGGUGUCCUAUAAAGCUGUAUGACUUCUACCUCUUCAAAUGGUAAGUGUUCCUGACAUCCAGAGCCACAGAAGGAUAACUAUCUGGAUGUUCAGGGUUUGUGUGUACUUUCUACUGUUUUAAUCAAACUUACCUAUUAAUUUAUUGGAGUGAUGACCUUGUAUAAAGAAGACUACCUUAUGCUUCCUACUUGAAUUGUCAAAAAUGCAAACUUAAUGGCAUGCAUAUUGAGAGGCUUGUAGUGUAGCUUAUUUUAUUUUAUUUUAAAUGCUGGGCAUUGCAUAACCCUUGACACUGUGUUUUACUGGAAAGAGUUUGGGUAUAUAACGUAGUGUGUUUGAAGUGGGCAAACACUUUGUAUUGAGUAAACUGGAACUUGAUGUCCCUGGCAGAGGUCUAUAAAAUAGAUGGAGGUAUAUUGGUGUGGCACUGUGGAAAAAGGUGCCCAACAUGUUGAUUAGUGACUGGCAGUUUCUAGUCUUGAAAAACAUUUUGGGGCUUGCUCUUCAUUUCCAAAGCCCGGUGAAAUCCCCAAGUUAGUGUGAGAAGUCUGUGGUGUAGAAUGUAAAGAAUGCACUGUACAAAUUGGGCAUUUCAGAUACAACCUGAAUUCCUGUGCACUCACAAUUCACCCUUUUUCGAAUACCUUGAAAUGUAUUACCAAAGGCUAGGGUUGCAGAUGUAGUGCGGGGGGGCAGACAUAAGAGGGGAGACAGGUGCUAGAGCAGAAAACCUCAUGGGAAGGCCUGUCCUAACUCUCCAGUUUUAGUCUUCAAUGCCACAGCCAGCUUCAGCUGUUGUAAAAUGGAGGUUGAAAUGAUCAGGACGUCACUUUUUGUAUUGUGUUACAUGUGGAACCUUUGGCGGUUCAGAAAAAACGUAGAUGUUUGUAAGAUAGUGUUCAUAGCUGUUUCAAGUGUAUGCUGUCAAAGUAAUUGCUUAACGAUAUUCUCUGUCUUCUCAGCCCCCAGAGCGUGAAAGGCCGGAACGAUACAUUCUAUUUGACUCCUGAACCAGUGGUGGCUCCCAACAGCCCUAUCUGGUAUUCCAUCCAGCCAAUCAGUCGAGAGCAGAUGGAGCAGAUGCUCACCCGGAUUCUGGUGAUACGAGAGAUUCAGGCAGCUAUUGCUGUGGCGAAUGCCAGCACCAUGCACUAAGGCAUCCCUCCCAACUCAGAAAAAGGGUGAGGGUAGGACAGGGUGGGAGGGAAGGCCAGGCCAUAAGGCCAGGAUCAAUUGUACAGCCUUUUACACUAAAGGAGAUGCCUAAGGUUUUUUUUUCCGGUUUUUUUUUAAAUUGGUGUAGUUAUGAAGCCCUUUUAGGCUUCUUCUGUUUAAAGGAGACCCUCCCCAUUGUGUAUCUGACCCAACUGCAUCAGCCUUCUGGACGCAUUGGGGGCUGCGUUCUUUCUCUGGGAGCUGUGAGGUGCUGUAGAUUGACUUUGGGAUUUUUUAUGAUGUGAAGAAAAUGAAACAAAUCUAAUUGAGGGACUUGGCCUAGCUGGGCCAUUGCUUUGGAGCUCAUGCACUUGGAAAGAGCGGGAAAUGGUAGAUAUUGGCCAAGAGAGGCAGUUUGCAGUUUCCUUGUGCUCAGAAACUGACAUGUUCUGGAGGGGAGAGGAGAGUGACCUGCAAUUAUGAUUUAUAAGGAAAAAGCAAAACAAUUUCUAUUAAGAACUUAAAAGUGACAUUUUUAGAUGUUAAGUACAAACUACCACACUUCUCUCUCUCUCUCUCUCUCUCUCUCUCUCUCUCUCUCUCUCUCUUGCUUUUUCUUUCUUUCUUUCUUGGCCUGAUGUUGAGGCCUUAAAACCUUGAGGCUCCUGUGCCUGAUGGAAUUCUUGUAACAUACACUUGUGUAUCAUAUAAAGAUACCACCCUGUUUCUCUUAAUGUAUUCUUAUGCUAGUUGUUUAUUAAGAAUGACGAGCACGUCUUUUCAACAUGCCAUUGAACAAUGUGUGUUUAUUUGGGGGGAACAAAUGUAAAGGUGUCCACAGAAUAUUAGUACAGUGGUACCUCCGGUUACGAACUUAAUUCGUUCCGGAGGUCUGUUCUCAACCCGAAACCGUUCUUAACCUGAGGCGUGCUUUCGCUAAUGGUGCCUUCUGCCACCGCACCACGGGCAUGUGAUUUCCGUUCUCGCCCUGGGGCAAAGUUCUCAACCCAAGGUACUACUACUGGGUUUAGUAACUCGAAGUGUUUGUAACCUGAAGAGUCCUGCUGGAUCAGAAUGAAGGCCCAGCAUCCGGCUCCCACAGUGGCCUAACAGAUGCCUUUUGGAAGUCUGCCGCUGAACAUGAGUACUUUCGCCACUCAUGUUGCUCCAGCAGUUGUGUUCAAAGACAUGCUGCCCCUGAGACUGGAGGUAGUAGCACACAGCAAUCAUGACGAGGAGCUGUUGAUAGCCUGAUCCUCCAUUAAUUUCUCUAAACCUCUUUUAAAGCCAUCCAGGUUGGUGGCCACACUACAUUUCGUGGGAGUGAUGUCCAUAGUUGAACUCUGUGAUGUGUGACAUUCUUUCCUGAAUCUUCCAGCAUUCAGCUUCAUUGGAUAUCCCCAACUUCUAGUAUCAUGAGAGAGGUAGAAACACUCCUUUCUCUACACUUUCUCUACACCAUGCAUAAUGUUAGGUAAAGGUAAAGGGGCCCCUGACCAUUAGGUCCAGUCGUGACCAACUCUGGGGUUGCUGCGCUCAUCUCGCUUUAUUGGCCAAGGGAGCCGGCGUUUGUCCGCAGACAGCUUCCGGGUCAUGUGGCCAGCAUGACUAAGCCGCUUCUGGCGAACCAGAGCAGCACACAGAAACGUCGUUUACCUUUCCACCGGAGCGGUACCUAUUUAUCUACUUGCACUCUGAUGUGCUUUCAAACUGCUAGGUUGGCAGGAGCAGGGACCGAGCAAUGGGAGCUCACCCCGUCGCGGGGAUUCGAACCACUGACCUUCUGAUCAGCGAGUCCUAGGCUCUGUGGUUUAACCCACAACGCCACCCGUGUCCCUAUGCAUAAUGUUACAUGCUUCUAUUACGUCUCCUGCUCAUUUUUCUCUAAACUAAAAAGCCUCAAUGUGAUCUUUCCUCAUAGGGGAAUUGCCAUAGCGCCUAAAGCAUUUUGGUUAGCCCUUUCUUAAACUUUUCCAGCUCUACGGUAUACUUUCUGAUGUAAGGUGACCUGUACACAGUAUUCCAAGCAGUUUCACCACAGAUUUGUAUAAUGUCAUGAUAUAAGCAGUUUUAUUUUCGUUUAAUUUCCAAAUGAUAACUGGUAUGGAAUCCACCCUUUUCAACCGCUGCAGCAUAAUGAGUCAACAUCUUCAUUCAUUUUUUAAAAAUUAUUAAAUUGUUCAGACCC